CCGGGUGGGGCCCCGGGCGAUGGCCGCGGAGCUGGCGAUGGGCGCCGAACUGCCCAGCAGCCCGCUGGCCAUAGAGUACGUCAACGACUUCGACCUGAUGAAGUUUGAGGUGAAGAAGGAGCCGCCCGAGGCUGAGCGCUUCUGCCACCGCCUACCUCCCGGCUCCCUAUCCUCGACGCCGCUCAGCACGCCCUGCUCCUCCGUGCCCUCCUCGCCCAGCUUUUGCGCGCCCAGCCCGGGCACCGGCGGCGGCGCGGGUGGCGGCGGAGGCACGACGCAGGCCGGGGGUCCCCCCGGGCCGCCAAGUGGGGGCCCCGGCGCCGUCGGGAGCGCUGCGGGGAAGCCGGCGCUGGAGGAUCUGUACUGGAUGAACGGCUACCAGCACCACCUCAACCCCGAGGCGCUCAACCUGACGCCGGAGGACGCGGUGGAGGCGCUGAUCGGCAGCGGUCACCACGGCGCGCACCACGGCGCGCACCACCCGGCGGCCGCGGCCUACGAGGCCUUCCGGAGCCAGGGUUUCGCGGGCGGCGGCGGGGGCGCGGAUGACAUGGGCGCACACCAUCCUGUGCACCACCACCACGCCGCUCACCACCACCACCACCACCAUCACCACCACGCUGGCGCGGGGCACGGCGGCGGCGGCGGCGCGGGCCACCACGUGCGGUUGGAGGAGCGCUUCUCCGACGACCAGCUGGUGUCCAUGUCGGUGCGCGAGUUGAACCGGCAGCUCCGUGGCUUCAGCAAGGAGGAGGUGAUCCGACUGAAGCAGAAGCGGCGCACGCUCAAGAACCGCGGCUACGCGCAGUCGUGCCGCUUCAAGCGGGUGCAGCAGCGGCACAUUCUGGAGAGCGAGAAAUGUCAGCUCCAGAGUCAGGUGGAGCAGCUGAAGCUGGAAGUGGGGCGCCUGGCCAAGGAGCGGGACCUGUACAAGGAGAAAUACGAGAAGCUGGCGGGCCGGGGCGGGCCCGGGGGCGCGGGCGCAGCCGGCUUCCCGCGGGAAUCCUCGCCGCCGCAGGCCGGCCCGGGCGGGGCCAAGGGCGCGCCGGACUUCUUCCUGUGAGCGCC